AUGUCUUUGCCAGGACUCUCCUUACCAGGAUUAGGACUACAGCUCAGUGCUACACCCGUGCUUGGAGGAAGCGCUGCUCCGCCGGCUGAACAAUCACCGCGCAGAGAAGAUCUACCUCCUCGUUCAGAAUGGCGAUUCGAGACGUCUUCGUCCUCGAGUUCUUCUUACCAUGCUCGUGUACUCAGUGGCCACGCUGAAUUGUUCGGCGUCGAACUUGCAGUGAACCAGCUAUACGAUCUUUCUGGCACCAAAGGCGCAAUCUUCACCUGGCAAGGAUGCCAGCUCGAAUUUAUGGGGGAUGCAGAAAGCGAAUAUGCUGCUGAGGAGACCGAAUAUGCGGUUGAAUGGCUGAGCUUGCAUGGCAUGCUCGAAACAUUUCGAGACGAGCCAGCGAAUGACGGACCGCGAGUACUAGUGGUCGGUUCUGAUAGCACAGGGAAAAGCAGUCUCAUUCGCAGCGUGAUAGCGCGGGCAGUGAGCUCCGGCCGCACACCAACAGUAGUGAAUCUCGACCCUCGACAGGGUCUCUUGGCGCCACCAUCAAGUCUUACGGCUGUCACGCUGGGUUCACAAAUGGAGGUAGAGAACGGCUUCGGUAUCAGUCCAAUAUCUGGCCCAACCGUGACUCCCAUGAAGACGCCACUUGUGUAUCACUACCCUUACCACUCUCCUACGGACAAGCCGGAUGUGUACAAGGCCAUUGUGACAAGGCUGGCACUCAGCACCACCAGCAGAUUGGAAGAAGACCUGAAAGCCAAGCAGAGUGGUAUCAUCCUGGACACGCCGGGCGUGCUUGGUGUGACGGAUGGCAAAGGCAACAUCAACGAGAUCUUACAUCACCUUGUCUCCGAGUUCUCUAUCAACGUCAUCGUGUCAAUGGGCCCAGAGCGUUUGACCAACGCUCUAAGUAAGCGUUACAGUGUUGCGAAGGGCGCGGACGAGGCCAUACCAGUACUUCGUGUGGCCAAACCGGGCGGACUUGCUGAGCGCAACGAGCCAUAUCUGAAGCAAUCACGAGCCAGAUACACCAGGAGCUACUUCUUUGGUUCAGCGAAAGAAUCAUUGAGCCCACAUUCGCACUCGAUAGCUUUUGACAACCUCGUCAUCUAUCGAGCAAAUACUACGUCCACCGGUUCCGGCACCACAAGCUAUGGCGCCGACGCAGACGACGACUACGAUCCAUCGUCUGACAACACUACGAUGUCUGGGACUUCGACUGCUACGUUCGACAAGGUUGCGCCAAGCGUAGCGAUGAUGGGAUCUCUUAUUGCAAUCAAGUUCUGUCCCACGAACAGUGACGAGGAUGCAAUACGUGACAGCGCAGUGAUGGGGUUCGUAUAUGUUGCAGAUGUGGACGAAGCAAGGAAGAAGGUCAGAUUUCUGGCACCGCAUCCACAGAGCUGGGGCAAUCGAGCGCUCAUGCAGGCCAGCUCCGUCGAGGAAGUGUACUUCGCUUCGAGUUUAGGCCGUCCAGCAUGGCAGUACCGACGGCAAUAUGACACCGGCGGUGACUGCGACGUAGAAUCGUUGCUAGCAGGAUGGAUUGUGCCUGUGGAUGAGUAG